GCAGUUCUUAUCUCUAGGUUGUCACUAGUCAUCUGCUGCGUCGAACAUUUCCGCGGAGGUGCACUCUCUAUCCUCUCGGAAUCCAUAAAUUGAAUCGACCAUCCUGAGUCACAGGUUUCAAGAGUGUAUUUGAAGAAGUCACGUCGUUUACCCGGUGCUCAGGUUUCUCAACUACUGAUCGGAGAAGAGAGAAGUUUGAAAGAUACGCCACCCACUAUAGCCUGCACUGUCCGCAGUGGCGACUUAAUCAUCAUGCGGGAUGCAUCAGACACCAGCUCCCCCGCGCCGUUGUUGACGGCGGUCAACGUCGAGUCGCAGGUGCAUUUGAUUAUUGGAGCAAAUCCGCUGGCCGCGGCUCGAUGUGCGAAGAGCGUCGAGGCCGGCGCAAAGGCCAUUCUGGUCACCGUGGAACCGCAGGAGGGGCUGCAAUAUACGCUUCUUGAGCGGAUUGAGAGUGGUUCCGUGCAGUGGGUUCGCCGGGAAUUUCAAGAUGAUGACCUGACCAGCUUGGGGAGGGAAGAAGUCGACCGCGUGGUUGACACAGUCUUUGUUACCCUCGGCGGAAGUGACCCGUGCAGCGCACACAUCUCCAAGCUCUGUCGACGGCUUCGGAUCCCGGUCAAUGUGUCCGAUGCUCCCGAGCUCUGCACAUUUACGCUCCUAUCCACUUACUCUGAUGGGCCCCUACACAUUGGCAUCACGACGUCGGGACGUGGUUGCAAAUUGGCGUCGCGACUGCGGCGAGAGAUCUCGUCUUCGCUGCCAUCGAAUCUCGGAAGCGCCAUUGACAGACUGGGCGCCGUGAGGAAGCGGCUCUGGGCUGAAGACCACGCAGCCGGACUGUGUGACACGGCACUCGAAGGUGACGAGGACGACUCCACCGGUCAGCGCCAUACAUUCAACACCCUAGUGACCGAGGACGACAUUUCAGCCGCCAAAACCCGACGCGUGCGCUGGCUCUCUCAGAUUUGCGAGUACUGGCCCCUCCGCAAGCUCGCCGCCAUCACGGAUGCCGAUAUCGAGACCAUCCUUGAGGCCUAUUCAGCAGGCAAAGACCAACCCACGAGCAGCAGCCAGAACGAGUCGAGCGGUCUGACUCGACGAGGAAAGAUUGUCUUGGCUGGUUCCGGCCCCGGUCACCCGGACCUCCUCACCCGGGCCACUUACAACGCCAUCCAAAAUGCCGACCUCAUCCUUGCUGACAAACUGGUCCCUGCACCGGUCCUGGAGCUAAUCCCGCGCCGGACGGAGGUGCAUAUCGCGCGCAAAUUUCCCGGCAAUGCGGACCAGGCGCAAGAGGAGUUCCUGCAGAUGGGACUAGAGGCGCUCCGCCGGGGCCGGCACGUCCUCCGUCUCAAGCAAGGAGACCCCUAUCUGUAUGGGCGGGGCGGCGAGGAAUUCGAGUUCUUCCGCGGCCAGGGCUACGCGCCGAUUGUGCUGCCGGGCAUCACCAGUGCUCUGAGCGCGCCGCUCUUCGCAGAAAUCCCGGCCACCCACCGCGGAGUAUCGGACCAGGUGCUGGUGUGUACGGGUACAGGUCGCAAGGGCGCUGCGCCCGCUCCGCCGACGUACGUGCCAACCCAAACGGUGGUGUUUCUGAUGGCGCUGCAUCGCUUGUCAGCGCUCGUGGAGUCGUUGACCACCGUGCCAGCGGCGAGUGACGAUAAAGAUGAGUCGUCGCAGCCGAUCAGGACGCCCUGGCCGAAGGAGACGCCCUGUGCGAUCAUUGAGCGGGCUUCGUGUACGGAUCAGAGGGUAAUUCGGUCCACAUUGGAGCAUGUCAGUGCUGCCUUCGAGGCGGAGGGGUCCAGGCCCCCUGGGUUGUUGGUUGUGGGAGCCAGUUGCUAUGUUCUCCAUCCGGCGCAGGGACAGAAGUGGGCGGUUGAGGAAGGUUUCCGGAGCUUGGAUGAGUUGUGCUUGGAGACGGGUGGUGAUGCUGGCGCUGAUGAGAGCUAGUCAUUGUGUUGUAUGUUGUUAUGUUUGUUGCAUAGAUACCCAUAGAUGAUGUAUAUGAAUGAAACCCCGACGCGGGGAUGAUAGACUGAUGGUU